GUACAGAUACUCCCAAAGAAUACUUAAGUACUGUAACAAAGUAUUUUUUACAAACAGAUCAUUCAUGCUGCAUCCCCCUGACAUGAUUUUAAAGCUUUUGUUUUCCAGGUUUUGCUCUCCAAACAUCUUAAAAUGCACAUAUUUAGAUCAGGGAAAUCAAACACUUUCAGGGGACCAUGCCCCCGAAGCCCCCUCAGAGCUCAGGCUCUGUAUUCCUGAACCCUGCGUACGGCCCGGUCUAUAACUCCAGCUUCCUGGGUGUAGCUGUAAGUCACUGUGAUAUGGAGAGAUCUCAUCAGGUUAUCCAUUAAUCUGAGUCCCAGCACACACACAUUUCACACAACUGGAGAGUUUAACCAUUAAAUCAGGACGCCUUAUGUUUUCAGCCGCUCCCUUUUGGCCUGAUUUCUUCAUAAAACCCAUUAAAUAUAUAAUCUCCUGCGCUGCACCUGAUAGGACAUUAAAGGACAGCCCACUGAAGAUUAGCAGAGCUGCAUCCCUCCGACAGCUCUGUAACUGUGAUUAGCUUUUCCCCAGCCGGCUAUGAGCAGACCGACAGACUGUGGGGUGGAGGAGAGACCCAAAUGGGACAACAAGACUCAGUACCUGCUGACAUGUAUCGGCUUUGCAGUGGGAGUUGGAAACGUGUGGCGUUUUCCCUACCUGUGCCAAAUCUAUGGAGGAGGUGCGUUCCUCAUCCCCUACCUGAUAGCACUGGUGUUCGAGGGCCUCCCCCUGCUCUACCUGGAGCUGGCUAUAGGACAGAGGCUCCGUCUGGGAAGCAUCGGCGUCUGGAACACCAUCUCACCGCUGCUGGGUGGAGUCGGUAUCGCCUCCAUGUGGGUGUCACUGCUGGUGAGCAUUUUCUACAACACCCUGCUGGCCUGGGUGCUCUGGUACUUCUUUCACUCUUUCCAGAACCCUCUGCCGUGGAGCCAGUGUCCGCUGAAUGACAACCUGACAGGUAAUAAGAACCACCAGUCGUCCUGUCUGCACCUGAGACAUGCAUCACAGUGACAGUAAUUAAAGACGUGUUGACUAUCGAUGAAGCCAGAAGAAAGUAAUC